AUGUCAAACUCGACGAAACCCAUGGAAACGACAUCCAGCAAGGCAGAUUCGCCAAGCAAGGUCCAACGUGCACUGGGAUUCUUCCGUACCGGAGUGAGGCCUGAAUCAAAAGGGUAUCAAUGGACUGCGAAUACGACUCCGGUAGAACAAAGAGAUGUUAAGAUCGAUGAUCCUGCAGUCGUUGAUGAAGAAGUCGCCACUUCCGCGACGAGGAACUAUGUCUUUGCCCAUUUCAUGGUCGGGAAUACCUACCCCUACACCAUUGAUGACUGGUAUCAAGAUAUCAAACUUGCCGCUUCAUAUAAUAUAGAUGGGUUUGUCCUAAAUGUAGGGAGAGAAGAUUGGCAGAGGCAGCGCUGCGCAGAUUGUUUUGCAGCGUCAAAGCGUCUACCAGAGUCCACCAAUUUUAAAUUCUUCUUUAGUUUUGACAUGACCUCAAUUCCUGGGGGGUCUUCUGAUGAUGUUUGGAUCUUUCGUGAAUACAUUUCUGCAAACUAUAAAAGCCCUCGAAUGUUUAGACAUCCCCGAACCAACGGGGUUGUCGUGUCCACGUUUUCAGGAGAGAAUAACUCGUUUGGGCGGGGAAGCAUGGAAAACGGUUGGGCAUACGUAAAAUCGGAGCUCAGUAAAAUUGUCCCGAUCUACUUCAUUCCGUCUUUCUUCAUCAAUCCAUCGCGCUAUCAUGGUAUUUCCGCUAUGGAUGGCGCCUUCAAUUGGAAUGGUGGAUGGCCCAUCCACUUGCAUGCCGGCUCACCACGUCACGAAAUAGAAAAUCCCUCCCUUGAUUCCGACCAGUCACAUUUACAGAACCUUUCUGGUGGCCGUACCUUUAUGGCAGCAGUAUCCCCCUGGUUUUUUACACAUUAUGGUGUCAAUUCCUGGAAUAAGAACUGGAUAUAUCGUGGGGACGACUGGCUCUACGUUCGGCGAUGGGAACAGUUAAUUUCGAUGCGAGAUAACAUCGACAUCGCUCAAAUUAUAUCAUGGAAUGACUAUGGCGAAUCUCACUACAUUGGACCCAUUAAGGGCGCCCAACCCAACUCUCAAGCAUGGGUCGACGGUUACCCUCAUGAAGCUUGGUUGCCUCUGACUCAAUAUUAUACCAAAGCGUUCCAAACUGGGAAAUACCCUGCCAUAACCAAGGACAGAGUCUUCAUGUGGGCGCGACCUCACCCAAAGCACGCAACGUCUGCAGACCCAGUCCCUCGUCCAAACAACUGGGAAUUGACGGAUGAUACUGCCUGGAUUGUAGUAUUUGCGACCGCUCCCGCUAGGAUCUCGGUUUACACAAAUGAGAACAGCGCAGACAAGAAGAAUUACGACGUUAAGGCCGGCGUGACCAAGCUUUCCUUUGAACUCAAAGCAGACGAGGGUAUGAAGGUGUCCCUAAUUCGCGAUAACAAGACUGUUGUGGUGUGUAACCCAAUGGCGUACAGAUUCGAGAGCCGGCCAGGAGUGUACAACUUCAACGCAUACGUCGCCAUAUCUCCCUAG